ACUCGGGUAGGUAGGGUAGGCGGUACCGAAGUAUACACACCUGUCCGGUAUAUCUAGACAAGCUGUGUUGGGUAUAUAUCAGAAACUAGUGGAAUCAUUAGACGGCACACCUACGCCUCUACAAGGUACCGGUAUAGGGUAUAUGUAGUGGCUGUAUAUCCAGUACACGGUAUUGAGCGGUGCCUACCCGUUAGGUUUAGGACUCAAGAAAUCAUUGAGAUCAAUAUAACGCCAUUCGAGAGUUGAAAGGAAUGGUAUUCUAAUAGAUUGAACUACGGCUGCCUGUUUUUGUACGGACCACAACAUAUUGCCGAGAUAUCCGGAAAAUUCAGGAUCAGUUCAUUUAUACAUGUAUUCAGCACGAAACGUUUUUAGAUAAUUCAAAUUCAUCAGAAAGUGGAAAUGUAUUACGUACUCAUAGUGUAACAGUAAUUUGGCGUUGUGAAAGAAUGUACGUGGAACUUUAAAGAUGCAUGCAUUGGUUGCUUGCACACACAUAAAUUAAAAAGGUGUUUUUGGACAGGUAAAGUGAAAUACGGACGAUCGUAUUUAUAAGGUAAUAAGGUGAAGUUUCUCUUUCACAAAAGGUGUUUUGAUGAUGUUGUAAUAUUAAGCAAUCCAACAUUCUAUCGGAAGGCUUAGAUAAAUACGACACCUUUGAGACGUCGGUUUGAUAGUGGCAAUAGAAACUUCUGCAAACACGUUUACAAAGUUUAAGUGAUUAGUUGUCAGGCUGAAUAAAGAGGAAAUAUUCACGUGAUUUAAGUGUGUUUUGACAGACGGAAAGGCUACAUAGAGGACUUGUAAAGGCUGUAUUUAAACACGCGAGUGUAUUUACCAUAGGUCUAGGACAAUUUUAUCGAAGUUUGACAAGGAGAAUGUGAGGAUAAACCUACCAGCCACAAUCAACCGUUAUUCGGAUCAACAUCGCCCAUGAUACACACACAGACAUGAGACGUUUCACUUGACUACACGAUGUACUACCGUAGCGUGGAGAAGUCGGACACGUACCCUCGGGUACUACAGAGACGAUCCCAGUCGGCACGCGAGACCUACCACCCCUCCAUCACAGACCUCAGCGAGCAGGCACUCAGGCUCCCUAACGGCUUCGGCUCAGACGAAGAGACUAGUAUUUACCCAUUAACCAAUGGACACUUCGGUGACCGGUCAGUCAGACUUGAUUUGACGAAUGAGGAAACCCCCUCAAGAACAGAUGACUUGCCUAAUGGAACAUUCUCUGAGGUGAAUGGCGGGAAUUACGUGAACAAUACGUCAACAUCCCGCCCACCUAGUAUUCGAAUACAUUCUACGAGGCUCCCUAAGGUUCCCGACGACAGUUACAGAGACAGAGUGUGUUUGUCAGCCAAUAAUCGCCAUAAAAUUGGUGGAUAUUACCGACGUCCGCGCAGUGUUGAAAUCGGGCGACUGUCGUCUGCCCGCUCGCCUCGUACUAUUCCCAGCGGAUAUUCAGACACUGAUAUGGAAAAUAACAAUUUAGUACCACCUAACUUCCUAAUUAGGAAUUCAUGUUCUACGUCACUUAACACUGCCAACGCUGUCUCAAAUUUAAAGAAAAACACAGAUGACACUCAGCAACGGCCACAAAGCAAGGGGAGAUCACCAGGGACUCAGCUAUCUAACGGUUGUGAAGAAAAAGUCAAUGGAUUUCAUCAGCACUUGGUGAAUAAACAUCCUCUUCUGAAACAACGUAUAUCUCGUUGGUUGACAAACGGAAUAAAAAUUCAAAGUUUAAGGUCGAAAAGUGUUCGCAAUAUGCCAGGUGAUUGCCGACCGUCUUCCGAACGACAUUCCUGUAGCCGAGGAUCUCGAAGGAAGUUUUCGGAACACAAUCUAGUUGAAGAAAUGAAAAAAAUAAAAUUACGUCAGCAGAAUCUUUCGAAUGAAGUGGAGCCUUGUGAUUCAAGUGACUGGGCAUUGACAUCAUCACUAACAAUCACAAACCUGUCCAGGGAAGCAACUAUGACGAAUUCGCAUAGGGACAUUACUCUGACAAACUCAAAUCAUUGAAACAUUAUGUCAGUGUAUGCAUAGCAUUAUUAACAGGAACGCAAAUUUUGGCUUGUUAAUUUUAUAUUAAUGACAAAACAUCUUUUUUUUUAAAUAGGUAUUUAUCAGAGCUGACGAUGUGCAAACACCAGACCUUGAAUGUCGUAACUUUGACCCUAUAACGACGACACGUGUAUUCUAUGUUCUAGAAAGACAAAGAAUGUAUUAGUUUUGGAGAAUUUACAGAGGUCAUAAUUUUGAUUUAAUUUAGAAGACCUAUACCUGGCAAGAUAAAGCCGGUCCAGGAUGCGAAACUCAAAAAUCAGAUGAACUUCAAGUCAUUAC